GGGUUUCAGACUCUGCUGUGUACACAAUGUACACGGACAUUGAAUCUGGUCGGACAGCACCUAAAAGAGGCUCAAAGAAACACAUCAUAGAUGUUAAAGUGAAGCUGCAACAACGAGGUGUGUUUUAAGCUUGUUUCAGGUCUGAAUUGCAGGAGUAAAACAACCCAAACCACAGUCCAGUAGAGCAGCAUGGACUUGGCUGCAGGAUAAAGUGGAUCAUGUGUUGUGCUGUUUACCUGUCGGUUCUGCUGCUGCUGGUGUCCAAUCACCAGCAGGUCACCUCGGGUUCCCAUGUCUUCAGCAAACAGCCUGGAGACGGAUUACUAGCUGGGCUGUCUUCAACAAACACCUCACUAACGAUGUUUCAAAGCAGCAACGAUGAGUGUGACCUUGUGAUGAACCUCAGCGCUGCAGACCGCUGUGCGUUUGUGAAGAACACGCCAGACUGUAACAUGGAAGAUGGCUUCAUCAACUACCUCCAUUUGGCCUUCUGUCUGCUGUCACCCAACCUCACACCUCUCACCAUCACUCUCUGUAUGAUAUGGCUGCUCUUUUUGUUCGUCAUUCUCGGACUCGCAGCGUCUAAAUUUUUCUGUCCCAACCUGUCAGCCAUCUCUACCAGUCUGCACCUGACUCACAACGUGGCUGGUGUGACGUUUCUGGCUCUUGGUAAUGGAGCUCCAGACGUCUUCAGUGCCAUGGCGGCUUUCUCCCACCCACACACCGCUGGGCUGGCUGUCGGAGCAUUGUUUGGAGCUGGUAUAUUUGUCACCACAGUAGUUGCAGGCAGCGUGGCGCUGGUCAAGCCUUUCGCUGUGGCCUCCCGUCCAUUUCUGCGUGACGUCAUCUUCUACAUGGGGGCAGUGUUUUGGACUUUCGUCAUGUUGUACAAAGGAACCACGACAUUGGGAGAAACACUGGGGUACCUGGGUCUCUAUGUGGUGUAUGUAUUGACUGUUAUUAUCAGCGCGUACAUCUACAACCGGCAGAAACAUUCGAUGAACUCCAGUGUCCGGAGCUCCGCACAUAUUCCAGAAGAGUUUCACUCGUCCGACUCGUCUGAUGAUGACGUUCCCUACCUAAAUGGAGCAACAAUCCAACAGGACUAUGAGUCAGAGUACAGGCCACUUCUGCCUUACUCUGAGUCCACGAGUCAGAUCCUGAUGAGCUCUCUGAACCCAGUGGACAGCAGGAAGUGGAGGAGGAAACCAUGGAGCUGGAGAGUCCUCAAAAUACUGAAGACACCCCUGGAGUUCCUGCUACUGCUCUGCAUCCCGGUGGUCGACCCCGAUAAAGAAGACAGGAACUGGAGACGCCCACUGAACUGCCUUCAUCUGAUCACUGCUCCUCUGGUGUGUGUGCUCACCUUUCAAUCUGGAAUAUAUGUAGAUUAUAAAAUCCAUGGGCAGUUUCCCCUCUGGCUGCUGAUGCUUCUGCUGGGACUUUUCCUGUCUGGUAUUGUCUUCUGCACCACCACUAAUGACCGUCCUCCCAAAUAUCAUCCAGUGUUUGCUCUGUUGGGCUUCGUGGUGAGUGCAGUGUUGAUCAGCGCAGCUGCCUCUGAAGUGGUCAGUCUUCUGCACAUGCUGGGUGUGGUGCUGAGUCUCAGCAACACCGUGCUGGGGCUGACUCUGUUGGCCUGGGGGAACAGCAUAGGAGACUGUUUUUCUGACAUCACCAUCGCCCGGCAGGGUUACCCACGGAUGGCCAUAUCUGCCUGCUUUGGAGGCAUCAUUUUCAACAUGCUGUUUGGAGUGGGUUUAGGAUGUCUGGUGCAGAUGGUUCAAACACACUCCUAUGUGCAGUUUGAACUGGAGGGUUUGCUGACGUGGAUUCUUGCAGGAUCUCUGGGUUUGUCUUUGGUCCUGUCCUUCGUCAUUGUUCCACUGAGCGGGUUCCACUUGGGUCGGACCUACGGGAUCUUCCUCCUCAUCUUCUAUGCCCUCUUCCUUCUCAUUGCACUGCUCACAGAGUUUGGCAAGAUCCACAUGUCGAUCUGACUCUCAAGCCAGUCUGAAAUGAGGGACGUCCUCUCGUAAUGCAAAAUGACACACUGGAACAGAAUUACACCCUCUUCUACGCAUAAUAUUGAUGCACUAUUUAUACAAGAAUCAACAGUACUUGUGUACUUGCCUUCUACCCAGAGCCAUCUGAAAACAAGCAGGUAAAUGAAUGACAAACUGAGACUUCUCUGCUCAGGGAGAGCUGAACCUUAUCACACUGUGCCUUUAUUCAAGUUCUUGUUUGUGCUGACUGGUGCUGUGAUGGCACUUUGUGAGUUCAUAGGGAAAACACAGUUUGUAGAAAUGUAUACUUUAAAACAUUAUGAAUGUACUGUAAAUCAAAAUGUUAAAGUGACCUUGUACAAAGCUGCUUUUGGGGCAUUAAAUCAUUUUUGGUUUGGUA